AAUACCUAUGAGUUAUGCCUCACGCGAUAGCAAUGAUAGACUUAAUCUCUAUUGGAAAGGACUGUCGUAUGAAACCGAUGAUGGAUUGCGACAGAAAAAGACAAUUAUCAAUGACCUGAACGGCCAUAUAUCUAGUGGACAGUUGACUGGUAUAUUGGGACCGUCGGGUGCCGGCAAAUCAACAUUCAUCGAGUGUUUGGCCGGUAAACGUAGGACUGGACUAAAGGGACGGGUUUGGGUUAAACAUAGUGUCGAUAAGAAAGUUCACAUAAGAUUGGCAUAUAAUGCACAGUUCGAUGCACUGAUUGAUGAACUGACCGUCGAGGAGGCGCUCAGGUAUGCAUCCCAGUUGACCCGUAAGACACAUAAACGGUACGAUUUUUUUCAUACCGAUCCCCAACAUCAACAACAACAACAAUAUGAUGAACCAAAUAAUAAUAAUAAUAUUGUUGUUGUCGAUGAUGAUGAUGAUGACGACAAGCACCGGGAGAUUGUUGACCACAAACUAUUGGAUACUACUAAUAAAAGUGAGGACAAUAGUCAGUGCACAACAAAAGCCAAUGAUAGCUAUGUUGAUUCAAUGAUUAAUGCUAUCGGACUGACUAACUGUGCCCGGGUUAGGGCAGCCCAGAUAAGUGGCGGCCAAAAAAAACGACUGUCCAUUGCCCUGGAGCUGCUAUUUUCGCCAAAUAUCUUGCUAUUGGACGAACCGACUACCGGAUUGGACUCCCGUUCCUCCUAUCAGUGUCUAUCAUUGUUGAAAACAUUAUCCUACAAUAGGGAACCGUUAAUUAUUGGUCUAUCCAUACAUCAGCCGACGGCCAGAUUGUUGGCAUUUUUCGACAAUAUAUAUGUACUAUCGGUUGGCGGCCAAUGUGUCUAUAGUGGACCCACACAGACACUCAUUGAACACUUAUCAUCAUUUGGUCUGACAUGUCCUAUCUUUCAUAAUCCGGCCGAUUAUGUCGUAGAGGUGUCCAGUGGCGCACAUGGAUUAGCUACAAUCGACACACUUGUCCACUACGAACGGGAACAUAUGCUACCCGUAUUGGCCGCCAACAGCAAACAAGUGGCCAAACACGAGAUCGUAGUCUAUUCAAAAAGGCCGGACAUCGGAUCGCAAACCGACAUCCAGAAGCCCGUUGGCGAACAAAUCCGUGAUCUAUGGUGUCUGACUCGGCGGUCGACAGUAGUAACCAAUCGACAUCCGAUAAUAUUUUGGUUACGUAUUGUCGGUCUGGGACUGUCGAUAAUGGCCCGCAAGUUGACACUCAUAGAGAAUACUGAUGCCGACGGCGGCAAUGGCGGACAAUCGGACAACUUGUCCGCCGCCGCCGAUGACUCGAAUACUAUAUGUACCGAUUCGGAUACGGUUUUCCGGCUGGUCAGGGGUAUGAUUGGCGGUACGGUUACCCCGCAACGUGCGAUGAACAAUAUCCGACACAUUGGCAACGUUAUGUCCGUAGUAAUGUUUGUCUAUUUGGUGACCAUAGUACCGACCAUGGUCACAUUUCCCAUUGAGCUAAAUACAUUUGUCAAGGAAAGGUUCAACAAAUGGUAUACUACGUGGUCAUACUUUAUGGCCAAAUCAAUUGUCGACAUACCCGUAGUAGUGGUCAUACCCGUAAUCUACGUAACCGUUAUGUGGUGGAUAACCGGCGAGGAAUGGGAUCCGAAACGCUAUCUAUUAACCCAAUUGGUCGUCCUAUUGGUAUCGAUAGCGUCCCAUAGUCUCGGUCUAUUGGUUUCGGCAUUUUUCAUCAACAAUAUUAAGGCCAGUCUUAUAUCCCUAUUGUUACUAAUGGUACCGCAGAUUAUGUUUAGCGGUAAUCUCCUACCUAUCAGUGUUAUGCCCUAUUGGAUACAACAACUAACCUAUUUAUCAUUGUUUAGAUUAGCCGGUGAGGCCAUGUUGGUCAUAGUAUUUGGUUUCGAUAGAUGUCCCGGUGCUCUGGAGCCGAUAACAUUUAGCCACCUGAGCCAUCACUUAGGUAUGGAUAUGUCGGUAAUCAACGAUUGUAUGGAUUGGUCUCAUAGUACGGAAAAUGUUACCGCAAACGGUUUGUCGGCAUUCAAUCGCUUCCUACUAUCGACUAAUCCGUCAAAAAUGCUAGACUUUUACGGUCUAAACGAUAAUACACUUACUAUUAGUAUUUUAUUACUAUUAGUGCAUACAAUAGUAUUGCGUAUAUUAGCCUAUUAUGUAUUAAAAUAUCGG